UUCACAUGCCAAAGGGAACCCUUGACGCCAUCGAAUCAUCUAAAUCCAUCUUAGACCAUCUCCUUAUUCUUCAUUGUGACAGGUUCAAAAAUCCUGUGGGAUGAUUAUUUUCUUAGAUAUUGCAACGAUCUAACCUAAGCCUUAUCUAAUACGGGCCUCGCUGCGUUUGCCGCCCCGUUGUGGCCGGUUUCUGUCCAACGUCCACCGUCAAUCUCCUGCCCUAUAUUAACUUGAUGUCUCGGUAGUCUUAGGGCUUAGGCAGAUCUGUCUAGCUUACCUACCUAUUCACACCCGUCACGAUCCAUACUCGCCACUCGACAUACAUCAUUUAGCUUUCGCUGUAGCUACAGCCGCCACCCACACUCGCACACACCCUCCAUUAAUCAUGGAGAAAUACAGCCAAUUCCGCGACCGGGGCUCCGGCAUCUCGCCCUUCAUCCCUUCGACCACGCCCGCCUCCUUCCUAUCCAAGCUCCUGCACGGCGCCCUCUUCCUCUUCCGGCUGCCGUUCUUCCUCGGCUACAGCGCCUUCUUCUUCCUCUUCCUCGACCACCUGCCCUCCCUCCUCAUCCCCCAGGUCGUCCGGAAGCUGCUGCUGUGGACCCUCCUCGGCAUCCCGGGCAUCUGGUGGGUGGACCUGCAGCUCGACGGCGUGAAGCGCGGCUCGCUAUCGCAGCAGCCGAGCUCGCGCUUCCCGGGCAACGCGCCGCGCUCCAUCAUCGCCGCCCAGUUCACGAGCCCCGUCGACGCGCUCUACCUCGCCGCCAUCUUCGACCCCAUCUUCACCGUCUCGUACCCGGGCACGCGGAAAGUGCAGCGCGUCUCCCUGCUCCGCGCCAUCCUCCUCGCUCUCGCACCCCCGAACCCGUCCUCUCCCCCUACCGCUGAUAACAUGACGACCCUGCGCGCGCUCGUCGAGCAGAACCCGCACCGCGUCGUCGCCGUGUUUCCGGAGAUGAGCACGACGAACGGCAAAGGCAUCUUACCUUUCUCGCCGUCGCUCCUGUCCGCGCCGGCCGACGCGCACAUUUUCCCCGUCAGCAUGCGGUACACCCCCGCCGAUAUCACGACGCCGGUACCCGGGGCCUACCUCGGUUUCCUGUGGAACCUGCUCGGGCGCCCCACGCACCUGAUCCGCGUGCGCAUCGCCGAGGCCGUGGCGAACGACUCCAGCGCCGCGACGAACGGGAAUACGCCGUUGGAUGACGGCGGGGACGAAGGGCUCGAGGUCGACGGCGAGAGGCUGACGGGCGAGGAGCAGCGGCUCCUGGAUAAGAUCGCGGAGGCGCUGGCCCGGCUCGCGAGGAACAAGAGGGUCGGCCUGACGCUGAGGGACAAGGCGUCGUUUAUCGAGGCUUGGAAUAAGGGCAGAAAAUAGAGCUCCGGUUUAGAGUUGGGGUCGGGGUCGGGGUUGACGAUGUUUAGAGCCUUCCAUAUGAAAAGAAAAGAAAUACGAAGAGAAAAUGACAUUAAUGAGGCUAUUUACUUGUCGGUGUUUCCCACGUCAUUGUUGCGCAUUUAGGUGGAGCAUGCAUUGAUUUCCCUUGCGUUGUUUACUCGGGCAUGAGGAGAAAAGAUGAAUGAUGUAAAAGCAAGUUUGGUGUGAAAAUGAAUAGGGGUAGGAGAGAUACUGGACGAUACCUACCAACCUAGUUAGUUGCAGGUAGUGGCCAGGGUUGUCAUAUUUGAAAGAAGAUAAAGAAUGAGUGCCCUAAAUAUCCCA